AUGUCAUCCAUUAAACAGGUGCAGGAUCUGGAAAAGCAAAUGGAACGAGUAAAGAGAGAGAACAGUGGAUUACGGCGCAUGCUUCAGGAUCGAGAAGGGCCAAUGGAACUCGACGCUGAAGGGGGUAAUGAAAACGCCUUUAACUUACCAGCCAUUGGAUCCGAACCGAAACGACGAAAACGAGCGGCCCCUGGACAAGGACCUGAUCUGUCUAGAGUAAGAUCUAACAUACGAGACCUUUCGAGAGGUAUUUGGAAAGUUCCGGCCCAAUACCGCGAACGUGCACCCGUCUUUUUUGACCCUCAAAGGCCGGAGUUACCGGCAAGGCAUUUGGUUGAUCAGUUGUUACACGCCUACUACACAUCUUCUCAUUCCAUGUUCCCGAUCAUACACUUCCCUACCUUUCGAGCAUCUGUCAACGAUCUUUACAACAAUAACGGUGUCACCCGAGCGUCUCCAGCCUGGCUUUCGUUGUUUUUCGCGGUACUUGCGACAGGAAGCCUAUUCAGCCAAACAUCAAACUCUCAGCCGAAUUCGUUUUACGAACCAGCCGAAUUUCUCGAGACAGCCAACAAGAUGUUCGAUCCUUGGGCAGACGACUUCACGUUAGACCACGCGAGGUCACUAACUUUAGUAACACUCUGUCUCAAUGAAAUGAAUCUCAAGUCAGCGGCCUGGACAUGGCUAGGAAGAGCUAUACGUGUUUCCCAAGACCUGGGAUUGCACAUCGAGUCAGGGCCGUGGCCAGUUAUCGAAGGAGAGAUGCGGCGUAGAACCUGGUGGAUGAUCUAUAUACUAGACAGGACCUUGGCCACUGAGCUUUGUCGGCCAGUCUCCAUCAGCGACAAUGAUUGUGAUGUAUCGUUGCCAGCGGGGGUUGACGAUCAGUUCAUCCAUGAGGGAGGAAUGAUGGUACCUACAGGAGCGGAACCUUUGACACAUUCUCUACUCGCUGUCAUCCAUGUCGUGCGAUCGUACUCAUCACUUAUGGACGCUCUAUCGCCCGGUGCUUUGACCACGGCCCAUCUUUCGAGUCUUGACACUCAUUUCAAGAAGUGUCUGAAUACAUUUCCUCCAGCUUGCGAUCCGUCGAGCACUGUGCCGCUUGCACCUCACUUCCUCGCGCCUCUAGCAUAUCUUUUUCAUGCUCGAUUGCUUCUACAUAGGCAUCACCUUCAUCCCGAGUAUCCCCUUGAGGCCCGUAUGGCAUCCCUCGAAAGCUGCACGCAUGUCUCUCUUGAAACUUCAUCCCUUCUCCAUCGGUCUAACCCGGCCCUCUUGGCAGACGGUGCAACUUCCUUGCUGACCACUCACAUCUUCCGCUGUGCACUUUUUCUUCUUCUUACAGGUUACUUGGAUCACUCAUUGUCAGCUGUGAGAGCACUCGCUUCCAUUGACCGACGAAGGGAUGUCACGAUGGCUUGUGGAAGAUAUUUGUCGUUUUUCGUUGCCACCUUGGCAGCGAAGCGAGUCGAGUACACGAACUAUUUGGCAAGGGCUGCUCCGCCAGCAUAUAGUUCUUCGAGGCCAUCGAUCGAUCAAACGGCCCUCCUUCAGAUGCUUUCGCGCGACGAAGACCUGCUGGUGUACGCGACUGCUGAUCUUCAAGCCUCACCUGAUGCUUCAUGGCUUUGGAUUGGCGCAGAGCGUGAGAUACCGUUGCCUCAAACAACUUCGCCAUUCCAUUAUUCGACUGCAACAUCAAGUAGCGGGCUGUUCAGCCCCGAGGCUCGUACAGGUCUGAAAGAACCCGAGAGCAAAGAAUGGGGUGGGUGGGGAAGACUUGAGACAGCCGUACGUGGGUUGGAGGCUAUACCAGCCACGGCACUGACAUCCUCGAGUGCGACUUGGACGCUACCUCCUCCUAUCAAGAGCGAAACACCUGGCCCAGGGGUGGAACUCCCAAGGUUAAGUGACGUCCCUCGUUUCAGCUCCGAGAUGCCAAAGUUGGGAGAGUCUAGCAGAGUGAUGAGCCCUGCCACAGGUGGUAGCAGGACGCCAAGCGGAAGCGCGCCCAACCCAGCGACGAGCAAAGAACGAUUAAGCAUUGCCAACAUCAUUUAG